CCUAUUGUGUUCCAUAUUUACAUUGCUGAAACUAUCAACAUUUUCAUCCAUCAAUGGCGACCAAAAAUUUACCUAUGGAGCUGCACGAAAUCACCACCGAGUUCGAAGGAUCCGACCCGGACUCCGAAUGGGACGAUUCGAAAGAAGACCCUGAUUUCGACUUGCUCGAAGAAACUCAUAGCAAGUUCUCAAUCCUCUCACUUAAGCACAAGGCAAAAGCGCGCGUUGUCGAAGAUAAGGGUCUAGGCGAGGAGGUGAAUGCUUCUGCUCAUGAUGGAGAGAACUUUCAGAAAGUUCAAAAAUUAAUCCAAGUGGGACCGUUAGAGAAAUUGAAAGUGGAUGAAUGCAAGUUGUAUCUGAGGAAGAAUGGUCUGAGGCUAACUGGAAACAAGGAUACACUUAUACAACGCAUAAAGGAGCAUUUAGAUAUUUUAAAUGGAGGGGAGAAGAAGUAUCCACCUUCAAGCUUUGUGUUGAAUUGUAAAGGUGAUGCAUGCACUGGUGAUGUUGUUUUGUUUGAGCAAAAUGUCUAUGAAAUGUUUAACAUAGCAUCCAGGAGUGCAAGUGGUCCACCUUGUGGCAAAAGGAUUGUCGCAGGCCGCAUAGUGAAAGAAAGUUAUGGUGCUGCUAAACAACAGCAUACGUUUACGAUUGAAGUACUCUGGAGCAAAGGAGAAAAGCCUCUCCCUCCCCUUUACCCCCUACUGAUAAAGGGUCGAAACCUUUAUAGGUUAAAGACUUUGAGACAGAAAUGGGAGGAUGAAGCAAAAAGGCAGAAAAUAUUGAUGGAAAAACACUCAAGGGGAUCUCUUGCUAGGGAAGAUAGAGAAGCAAGGAUGCAAGAAAAGGAAAAGAGGAAAAAAAUUAAGGAAAAUAGGGUCUCCAAAAAGGAUUCAGCAAGGAACCAAAGUCAAUCAAAUUCACACAUUACAAGGCCACAAUAUCAACCUCAAGAAACAAAUGUACCCAUUAAUCCAGAAAAGCCAGAAUUUCCAUCUCGAAAUUCAGGUUUAUCUGCCAACAUAAGGAAAGAAACAUCCUCUAUUGUACAUAAACCAGCAGCUGUAACUGGACACCAUGUUGAUUCUAAAACUUUAGGAAGAACCUCAUUUACUGACAAUAUGCAUAAUCAGCAAGCUUGGAGCACAGGUGACUGUAGGAAUAUUUCUGAUAUUGGUCACAUGAGGAGGGGAGCUGAUCAUAGUGCAUACUACAAUUAUGGUGACUCCCAUUUCAGAGAAAAACCAACUGUUAUUCUGAAAUACCACCAUCAUUAUCAUCAUAGGAUGCCUUUGGCAAAUGCAAACCACUCUCAACAGGUGCUACCAGAUAGAGAAAGCUAUGAUAAGCAAAAGCAGGUGUGUAGACAUUAUGCCCGUGGGAGAUGCUAUUAUGGGGACAACUGCAAAUUCUUGCAUGAUUUGAGAGACAAAGGGAAUGUGUGAAUUAAAAAAAAAUUGUUGUGCAAAAGCAGGUGUUUCCCUCUAAGCUCCUUCUCUGUAAUUGUGCCAAUGGUUUAUGUAGAACCUAUAAUCUUGCAAUCAUAUUUAUUUUCUAUCC